ACAAGCAGAAAGGGAGGGGAAAGAGAAAGAAAGGGAAGAACUUUUUCCGACAGUUUUUUUUUCUUCUCCCAAACUCAAAUUUCAAACAAAACGUGUUAACUCAGACGCUUCAGGCAGCUAAUGAAUGCCGCGAUAAACAUAGAAGAGAGUAGAAGGACAAAUAAAUGUAUGUUGAGAUCCUUCAUCUGCCUCUGUGCAACAGAUGACGGCAUUAAAAAUUUACAGGGUGAAGUCGGUGGCCUUUUGACAGGAUUGAGACAAUCCCUUAAGCAUGGCUUCUGAACUGGACUCAAGUUUAACUAGCAUUGACUGGCUUCCUCAGCUGGGAAUCAGCACCUUGCGAUCAGGGAAAGAAAGAGUGGAACGGAAAAAAGAACGAGGAAGAGAGAAGGACAUCCCUCCCAUACCUACACUCUCCCCCGGAUCUAAUUCCAAAGUGAAGCCCCCCCACAGCUACGCCACUCUGAUAGCCAUGGCAAUAAGUUCCACUCCUGAAAUGAAGCUGAGUUUAAAUGACAUUUACACAUGGAUCAGUAAUACAUUUCCUUAUUACAGCAAAGCAGGAAGAGGAUGGAAGAACUCAAUUCGGCACAAUUUGUCUCUCAACAAAUGUUUCCGGAAAAUCCCUCGACCACAGAGCGACCCUGGGAAGGGGUCAUACUGGACGAUGGAUGUACCACCUGACUCGACUCAACCCAGAGGAGUCAAACGUCCUUAUCCUAAAGAGGAGGAGGCUCCGUCCUCAGAGGUCCAAGUGCCUGUCAAUCAACCGGAGCCCCUCCCACUUCAGCCAGACACCAAAAUCAUGUUCCCCCCACCUCCUUGCAAGUCAUCGUUACCACAGCAACGUGCAAGUGCCCCCAUACCUACAUCUCUUCCUUCAAACCCUCAUGCCGAUCCCCCUCUCCGAUUCUCCUUUGCUGAUUUGAACCUACCGGAUCUGUACAAUUCCUUUCAGUCCCUCUGUCGCUCCGUGAGAGACAGAGUCACCUCACAAUCUGAAGUUCCCAAUUUACUUGGAUUAACCCAUGACAGUACACCACUCCACACCCCAACCCUGCCUCCUUUCUCCCCCUAUCCCUGCCCAAACCUCAAUAUUAACCAGUAUACCAACCCAACAUCUACCUUCAAUCCAAACCUCAAUACCAACGGCAACUUCAACCCAAAUACACCCAAUACUAACUCUAGUUUUAUCCCAAACAUAAAUCCGAACCAGAAUGCUAACAUUCAUCCCAACUCCAACACUGAGCCUGACAAGCUGCUACACAGUAAUGUUGUUCCUCCAGACUGGUUCAGUAACGCUGACUCUUUGAGAGAGAGUUUCAGAAUUGCUAAUAGUCUGGACUGGGCUAACAUUGACCUCACCUGUCACCCUGACCUGGUAGAGAGCAUGCGUCAGGCCGAGCUCUGUGACUGGGCAUUGGAUUCAGCUCUCUUCACCUCGCUCUGUGAUUCACUCAACCGGUUCUUCACUCAGAAGGGUCUCAUUGGCUCGUCUUCUGGUGGCUCCUCCCCUUUUGCACAAAUGGCCCCACCUCCUCUCAAUAUUCCACCCACUAACUCUCCCACCUUGGCUAGUUUAACUCAACCAUCUCCACUCAUAUACCCCCAGCUCCCACAUGGCACUGGUGAACCUCCUCUCCAAAAUCCCAGGAGAACCCUGACCCCUCACACCCACAACCAGACACCACAAAGACCGCCAGGUCUGCAGCCCACCAUGAGCCAACCUCCGACUCCUAAUGCACUUCAAACUCAACCACUGACCCCAAAAGGUCAUCCGCCCUUGAAGAAUCUUCAUAGCAACAGUGAAGAAAUCCUGGAUGAUUUCGAUUGGGAUUCAUUGAUUGCAUAAUUCUUUUGGCAGAUAUACACACAUAAAUACAAAGUAAAAGAAAAAAUAUCAUGAAUAUGGUUUCAUGUAUAUAUGGAACAAAAGCAGCACCAUCUUAACGAUAACCGUCAUUCAGUUGUUUGUUUCCUUUCAGUUUCAGUUCUACCUUACAGUUUAUAUGGCACAAUGGUGCUGCUAUAGUCAGCUGCAUGUUGAUGUGAGCUUAACCAAAACGUACAAUGCAAUAUAUUCAUGUUUGUUCCUGAACUGACCCAGACCUUGAAGGUUAGGGUGGAUCCUGACGAUGUUUUCAUUAAUGGAACAUACCUUUUCUCUUAGCCCACGCUACACACGCCCGACUGCCUUUUAAGUUUACGUCAGUGUAUUACAAUGUAAAUGACGUUAGCACUUCCAAAGCAUUGGCCUAUUGACAAUGGCUCAGUUUUUGCUGAAUGUUGAUCUAGUCUACAGUCAGUCAAGUAGCUAUUGAAAAAUCUUUUGACCAAAGAUUUUAAAUUGCACUUUUCCAACAAAUUGCAUGUACACUAACAAUUUGUGGGGGAAUAAACACAGUUUAACAGUACACUGAGGUAUUUUAUGACUAUACAUGUGUAUAUUGACUGAAAUUGAUCAACAUUUAUUGCUUGAUAUGGAUAAAAAAAACAAAUAAAAGGAAAUAUUUUAACUCGCUCUCAUUUUAAUUCCCAUUUAAAAUCAAAUCCAUGCAACAAAAAAAAGCUUGGACAAUUUUAUGUGGAUUUUUUUUUUAUUUCUUAAAUUUCUUAGAUUUUUUUUUCUCCAUUUUAUUUUUCAAUGUGAAUGUUUACAGUCAACACCGCACAAUUUUUGACCAUAGCCAAUAUUAGAGAAACAUCUCUAAAAUUUUCAUAUAUAUAAAAUAAUUCAUUGAAAGUAAAUAAAGAAUAACAGCAUGAAUCAUGUCAUUCAUUCCCCAAUUUUACAUUAUGAUUUCACAUAAAUCAUUCAGAUAACUCUUUUCCAUUUUCAUAAUCGUGAACAAUUCCCAUUCUCUGUGUAAAUGUCAAAGUAAAAAGGUGCUGAGGUGAAAUGCAAAGACACAGGUGCUGUUUCUCACGUGAACAGGUGUUGAAUGCUUUGAUUCUUACGACUGUAAAAAUAAAUGGCUGAAAAUAACCAUUAUGCUGAAAGUGU